GUCUCAACGUUCCGCCAUCAGCACGCUCAAGGCUCAGACAUGAUCAUUAGACAGUUCUGUGCCCGUCAUGGGCGUACCGCGCUGUCGCAGUCUGCGCGGACCAAAGUAAGGUCCUACGCCGACAGCAGAAAUGUCGACAACCCGACCUUCCGACCGUCAGAACGAGAUCCCAAACCUCGUCCCACGAUACCGGGCCAUCCCGAUGAAGCCUCUAGCAUCCUCGACAGCACCAGCAAACCCCCGACGGCCGCGACCCGGUCGGUGGAAGAAAAGCUCGAAGACCAGAAAAAGUCGAUGCGAUCCCUCCACGCCGACGUCAAUGCCCACAUCAUGGCCCGGAUACAGAGCUUCAACGAGGCCGGGCAGCCCCUCUCGACGGCCGAGGUGAAGGAAAGACCGGCGCCCCUCGAGAAGCCCCAGCGCACCGACACCACCCCGUUCAGAAACCUGCAGGCUCUCAACCGGCACCGGCGACGCGAGCAGAGAGAGGCGCGCAGGGUCACGCACCUCGUCCAGACCUACGACCCGACCUCCCUCCUGCGGGACCCCCCCACCCCCGCCCGCCUCACGCUCCCGAUGCUCCUCGCGAACCAGACGCACCUCGGCCACGCGACGUCGCUCUGGAACCCGGCCAACAGCGGCUACAUCUUCGGCGUGAGGGACGGCAUCCACAUCAUCUCCCUGGACGCGACGUACGCCUACCUCCUGCGGGCGGCCAAGGUGGUCGAGGAGGUCGCCCGGAGGGGCGGCAUCAUCCUCUUCGUCGGCACCCGCGACGGCACGGAGGAGAUCACGGUCAACUCGGCCAAGCUGGCCGGGGGCUACCACAUCUUCCACCGCUGGGUGCCCGGCAGCCUGACCAACGGCCAGCAGAUCCUGGGGUCCGGCCGCGUCAAGGUGGUCGACAUCCACGACAACGAGCUCGAGGAGUACAGCAGGAAAUUCGCCCCCGGCAACCACACCCCCAUGCGCCCGGACCUGGUCGUGUGCCUGAACCCGCUGGAGAACCAGGUCUGCCUGCACGAGUGUGGGCUGUUCAGCGUGCCCACGAUCGGCGUCAUCGACACCGACGCCAACCCGACGUGGGUGACGUACCCGAUCCCCGCCAACGACGACUCGUUGAGGUCCGUCGCCCUGAUCAGCGGCCUGCUGGGCCAGGCCGGCAAGGAAGGUCAGAGGCGCCGGAAGCUGGAGGCCAUGCGCGGCGAGGCCACGUACCCCCAUGACCACCUGGGCAAGCUCUUUGAAGGGAUGGACCUGAGGGCUUCGAUGAAUGCCGAGUCAGCAGAGCAGUAGCCGGUGGUAACCACACUUUUGGGGUCUCUUAUCACAAUUGACGGCGCCGGACAUCUCAAAAAUUCAUUGUACUCAGUGUAAAGCAAAUGUAUGAUAUAGAAACAACUUUGAAAAAAAGCGACUUGAUUUUUGGAGGGUCCUUCUAAGGCGACGACGACGAUAAAGUCAGUGCCAGUAUCGGCCUUUCAGUUCAAUGGUUUUUUUGGUUGUUUGUAGGAAGUCAUAUCCGUAUACUCUC